CUUCAUCAGUAUUUCAUCCACUUCUGCCCCAUCUUCUUCACCCUCCUACCAUUCCAUUCCAUUUCUUUCACUCAUAUCCACACGAUCGAAAUCGCAAGGAGCACCUCGUUUAGCGGCUCGCGGGGUACAUACAGCGUCUGGCAGUUCCAGGUGCAUGCCAAGUGGAGUCACUCCAAUGCGCAGGUGUUAGGGAAGUCCCCCGGGUUUGGCAGACACAGCGACGUGGGCUUAACAGCAUGACAUGAACAUUUCAAGUGUACCCGAUUACCUCAUGCCUCACUUCAUAAGUCCGGAUCAUCGGUCUCUUAUUUACGUGCCUCAAAUAUGCCUUUACGGUGGUCAUAUUGCGCCGCUCUUGCUUAUCUUGUGCUUAUCUUUUCGUUCUUCGAGACUUCCAUUGCUUAUACCUCCUGCCACCUGCUGUUCCUCUACUGGUAGAGAAAGUUUGGUUGAGGGAAUCAUUGAUGCUUAUGUCUCUUUCACAACGCUGCUUAUCAACGAUAUCCAGUUCAAAUCCAGUCAUCGAGCGGCCGCUGAGCCUGCUGUGCCUGCUGUGCCUGGUAUUUUCAAGCUUGGAGGAUUAUUGUGA